AUGUACGGACUUAAGCAACUGGCUCUGCUGAGCUUCAUGCUCCUAUCGGUCUCUGCGACCAAGGAUACAACACGCACAAUGGUUGGCAUUGAAACCAUGGACAGUAGCAAGGGCAUCGACGUGCCAUUGGAGGAUUGCCACGAAGUCGAGCAAGAAGAGGUUCUUACUGUCUCCAUCAAGAAGUAUUGCCGCGUUUUCACUGGCCCAGCCUGCACAGGCCGAAACGCAUUGCUCCCUCCUGGUGACCACUCGCACUCCGAUCCGGUGCCUGUUGAAUCCAUUUACUGCCAUGCGAAGCGUCCCUUCUAG